GGCCGGUGUGGUGUCUUUGCUCCGCCCGCCGCCCCCAGUCCAUCCUUGUGUUUGACUUCUGUCCUCAGCAUUGUUAUUUCCCCAUCUUUGCCUCGGUGCUGCUGCUGAUGUGUGGGGAAAUGCCCUCUCGUCGUCCUCUGUCCCCCACGCCCAGUCCUCCGGGAGGCCCAGAAUGGCAGCCCCCGCCCCCACCCCGUGGGGAAUGUUCUUGUCAACCAGGUCUUCCCCAACAGAAUCCGGGAGGUUCUAGCUGUUCGCUUGGGCCCCCUCAUCCCCUCCUUCUCGAAGGGGUUUCGUUGGAAGGAAUUAUGCAAAUCCUGCUUUCUGGUGUCCAUUCAGCUGCAAUUUCAUGCGGGUUUGAAACUAUUCUUGAAGGGCUGUUUGGACCUGCGUUAUUAAAAGAUCUCAGUUUACUUAAAGAGUGUGAACCUGAAAACGUUUCUGAUUGGACUUUUGAUGAAAAUUGUCUAUUCUGUUGCUUAAGAAGAGAUAAAAUAAAGGGACACUUAGUCUGCCUGGAUGAACCAGCUUUGGGAGCUGGGCAAGAAGCUCUGCUUAAACAAGAGCAAGCAAAAAUCAUUCGAUUCCAGAGACAAGCAGAAGAGUUCCUCAAUGCAGUCUUUUAUAGAAAAGACAGUCCCUGGGUCUCCGACCCCAAUAUUCCCCUAGUGGCCCGUGAGAUCAUGCAGCGAAUGAUCCAACAAUUUGCUGCUGAAUAUACCUCAAAAAAUAGCUCUACUCAGGACCCCAGCCAGCCCAAUAGCACAAAGAACCAAAGCCUGCCGAAAGCAUCUCCAGUCACCACCUCUCCCACGGCUGCAACUGCUAAGAACCCUGUGCUCAGCAAACUUCUCAUGGCUGACCAAGACUCACCUCUGGAUCUUACUGUCAGAAAGUCUCAGUCAGAACCUAGUGAACAAGACGGUGUACUUGACCUUUCCACUAAGAAAAGUCCAUGUGCUGGCAGCACUUCCCUGAGCCAUUCUCCAGGCUGCUCAAGUACUCAAGGGAACGGUGAGAGCUCAGCAGAAACACUAGCAGUAGAUUCUAACAAUCAGUCGAAGUCCCCCCUGGAGAAGUUUAUGGUCAGACUCUGCACUCAUCAUCAGAAGCAAUUCAUUCGUGUUCUGAGCGACCUGUACACUGAAUCUCAGCCAGACACUGAGGAUCUGCAGACUUUGGAUUCUGGAACAAUGGAUGCAUCAUCUUGCAAUGCUGGCUGUGCCCAGCUAAGCAGCAGACAUAAGGAAAAUGAUGCUAUGUGCCUCGAUAGGAAGUCUCCUGCUUCUGUAGAUUUGUUUGUAGACUCACUGGGCUCUCACAGCUCUCUGCAUAUGACAGAACAGACACCGAAGGAGUCUCCUCCUGAGACAAACUGUGUAGAUGGAAGAGAGAAUGCCUUGACUGUUGUCCAGAAAGAUUCCUCUGAACUUCCAGCCAUUCAACCUAAUUCUGGCAGUUCAACAGAUAGUUCCACUCUGGGAUACCGCACUGCAUCUAAUUCUUCCUCUUUGAACUCCCACUACAUCUCUAAAAGCUUGGAGGGGCAAACCACUGGACAAGAGCAAGACCCAAAUGUGAAAACAUGUGAGGAUGGUAAAGACCAUAUGCAGAGUUCAGCUUUAAUAGAAAGUCUAAUUACAGUAAAAAUGGCUGAGAAUAGUGAGGAGGGCAAUAGCUGUAUUGUUUCUCAAAGAAAUUCAUUCAGAGCUUUAUCAGAAGAGACAUGGGACUCAGGGUUUAUGGGGAACUCACCUAGAACUGCUGACAAAGAGAAUGCUUUACAGUGUAGCUCAAAAACACCAUUGCACCAAGAUUUAGAGGCAGAUGAACAAGAUGCAAGGCCAAAGCAAGAGAACCAUCUUCACUCACUAGGAAGAAAUAAGGUGGGUUACCAUUCACAUCCCAGUGACAAGGGCCAGUUUGAUCAUUCCAAAGAUGGUUGGUUAGCCCCCAGCCCCAUGCCAGCUGUACACAAAACAGCUAAUGGACACUCACGAACCAAGAUGAUACCAUCUUCCAUCAAGACAGCUCGGAAAAGUAAAAAGGCAUCAGGGUUGAGGAUAAAUGAUUAUGAUAACCAGUGUGAUGUUGUUUAUAUCAGUCAGCCAAUAACAGAAUGCCACUUUGAGAAUCAAAGAUCCAUGUUAUCUUCUCGGAAAACAGCCAGGAAGAGUACUCGAGGAUACUUUUUCAAUGGCGAUUGUUGUGAGCUACCAACUGUUCGCACAUUGGCCAGAAAUACACACUCCCAGGAUAAAGCAAGCUGCUCCUUACUAGCAUCAGAAGUUAGUAAUGUGACUCCCAAGCAGACCCUAACAAUUUCAGCCCCUAGGCAUACAGUAGAUAUUCAGCUUCCCAGAGAAGAUAACCUUGAAGAACCUUCCAAGGAAAUAAUUUCUUUCAAGGAGGGAGACAGAGACACUUCAUCUGCAGAAAAGUCUCAAGAGCCUGAAGUUUGCCCCAUAAUAAAUGAACCAAAUCCCAGAAGCUCUCCUAGGUUGGGGGAGACAACAGCCCCUAGCCUGGCAUGUUCUUUGCCUGCUUGCCUCCCUGAAGAGGAUGUGCUGGAAAGCAGAACCAUGAUCUCGGCUCCCACAGCAAGUGUGGUGUCUCCCGAACAAGAUCAACAACGAGUUGCCUUGCCAGAUGUGGAGGACAUGAGUAUACUCCAGGACUGCCACUUGGUUCCCCCAACUGAAAGCAUUUCUGGGGGAGGCAAUGAAGAAGUCCCUUCUAGGCCUGAGUCUCCUCUUGAAACAGUCAGUAGAGAAGAAAAUCCUCUGUUCUCAGAAAAUCAAAGUCCUCCUGUGGGCUGGGAGCCUCCCCUGAGUCUGGGACAGGCUGAGCACAAGCAAAGCUUCAAUACUGAGGUUGGGACUGAAGAUACUCAAGAGCUACAUACUGAACCAUUCCUGAAAGCAAGCAGCACUUUUCAUAAUGAAAACCCCAGUGAGAUUGAAGAAGGUGAAGCAAUAUGUGGUACAGAAUACCUAGAGGGAGAGGAAAGUGCUAUAAAAUCCUCUUCAGAAAAAAUUACCUGUGAUCCAAACAUUGACUCACGUGAAGAGAACUUGGACAAGAAGAAAAAAGGUAAGAAGUUCCCUGAGGCCUCUGAUAGAUGCUUAAGAAGUCAGCUUUCAGAUUCUUCCUCUGCCGAUAGGUACCUAAGAAAUCAAAGUUCAGAUUCUUCCUCUGCUUGUCCUGAGAUCAAAGUUUCUAAAAAUUGUGGAGCAGAGGAUUCUGAAAAAGAAGAAGACCCUCCUGGGACAACACCUGAGGGCUUUCUGAAUGAUAGUUUUUGUACAGACAUUCUGGAAGAAACUGAAAAUACAAAUGCCAGUGAAUGCCCCUCUGAGAAAGAGGUUGAGCACGAGGGUGGAGGAGGAGGCAUCAUUACAAGGCAGACUUUUAAAAACAUGCUGACAAAAGAAGUCAAGAGGGAACAAGGAGAGAUCUCUCCUAGCAGGGAUCCCAUACCCACAGUUGGCCAGCCACUGCCUGGAGAGAGACUAGAAAUCUAUGUCCAGUCUAAGGUGAGUGAGGAAAAUGCUCAUGCGCCCUCAGAACAUAUUCUUUGUAAGAGGAACCUAGAGCAGCCAAAUGAGAGGCCAGGACACAUUCCCACACAGGAUGUGGAGGCAGUUUUAAAUAAAGUAGGCAGUGAGGAUACCGGGCAUAAAGAUGAUGUUAACCACGCCCCAUCUAGCUCAGCUGAGAUGUCAGGUAGUCAAAAUGAUGAUUCUCCUGGGCCACCAAAAUUGGUACCAAGACCUAAAAGAUUGACCUCUUCAACCUACAACUUGAGACAUGCUUACUCCCUAGACUCCUUGGAUACUACAAAAGUGACUUCAAAAAAGGAAGCCACACCAAUAAACCCAAUGCCAAAGGAAAAUGAAGCUUCAGAGAGUGCAGAUCCUUUAGAUGAGGAGGAUGUGGACACAGUAGUGGAUGAACAGCCAAAGUUUGUGGAAUGGUGCGCAGAGGAGGAGAACCAGGAGCUCAUCGCCAACUUUAAUGCCCAGUACAUGAAAGUUCAGAAGGGGUGGAUCCAGUUGGAGAAAGAAGCACAACCAACACCAAGAGCAAGGAACAGGUCAGAUAAACUGAAGGAGAUUUGGAAAAGCAAGAAAAGGUCACGGAAAUGCAGGGGUUCAUUAGAAGCUCAAAAGUUUUCUCCUGUUCAGAUGUUAUUUAUGACAGACUUUAAAUUAUCUAAUGUUUGCAAAUGGUUCUUAGAGACAACUGAAACCCGGUCUCUGGUCAUUGUGAAGAAGCUCAAUACUCGUCUUCCAGGGGACAUUCCCCCUGUCAAGCAUCCUCUUCAGAAAUACUCUCCUUCCAGCCUGUAUCCCAGUUCACUGCAGGCUGAACGUUUGAAAAAACACUUAAAGAAAUUUCCUGGAGCUACUCCUGCAAGGAAUAAUUGGAAAAUGCAGAAACUCUGUGCUAAAUUUCGAGAGAAUCCUGACCAACUAAACCCAGAUGACAGCAGUGAUGUCAGCCUCAGCCCUAAUUCUGAGGGCAGUAUAGAGGAAGUCAAGGAAGAUAGAAAUAGCCACCCUCCCACAAACCUGCCUACUCCAGCCAGUACACGGAUCCUCAGGAAAUAUUCCAAUAUUCGAGGAAAGCUCAGAGCCCAGCAACGAUUGAUCAAGAAUGAGAAAAUGGACAGCCCUGCAGGUGUGGCAGUGGAAAGUAAGCAGAGUCGUAAAAGUGUGUGCAUCAACCCUCUUAUGUCCCCCAAGCUUGCCCUCCAGGUGGGUGCAGAUGGGUUUCCUAUUAAGCCCAAGAGUACUGAAGGAAUGAAGGGAAGGAAAGGAAAGCAGAUGUCUGAAAUCUUGUUUAAAGCCGAAGUUCAGAGUAAACGGAAGAGAACAGAAGGCAGCAGCACCCAGGACAGUAAGGACAAGGCACUGACCAUGAAAGCUGGCAAAGAAAAGCAUGUUGAAGGACCCACCAAAACCCCUUCUGCCAAGAAGCCAUCUGUAAGGGACAGAGUCAGCCAGCUGCCAAAAAAAAUGUCUUUGAAAGAGAAUAAAGUGAAGAUCCCUAAAAAGUCCUCUGGGAAGUGCUACCCUCCUUCCAAGAAAGAAAAAGAGAAUACAAACAAAAGACCUGCCCAACCUACCACCUCAGAAGCACUGAUGAAGCCUGCAAAACAAAAGGUAUCAGGUGAAUCUUCUUCCAGGCCCCAGAAAGCCAUGAAUAGAAAGCCAAGCAGUGGGAAGACUAGGACCAGACCCUUGACAAAAGGCCCAGGGAACAGUGCAGCCCAGAGAAAGCGAAAGCUUAAGGCAAAGCUAGACUCUUCCCACAGCAAACGGAGACGGUUGGAUGCAAAGUGAUGGAAGGAUGGCAGCAAAGAGUGAAACUGUUCUGUAGAAGUAACCUUUUAUUUUGCAUUAACUAAAUCCGCUUUUAUAAGCUUAUCAAGCCUUUCAAAUUACAAUUAAUAGAAAACACAGUUUGAGAUGUCAGAAAAUGCGUCUCAGGUAGAGAAGAGAACUUGUAGAGUCCUUCUCUGAGAUUGAGUAAGGGAAGUUAUAUAUUAUAUUCUGGUUGUUCCUUGGGUUUUAAACUUGGAACCAAGCAGUUUCUGUUUUAAAAAGUACAGUGCCUUAUUUAUCCUUUUUGUUUUAAAAUUUACAAAAGCUAAAAAGCUGAUCUAUGUGAUUAAAGGCUUGUAUUUUAUACUUGAUGCACAAGCACUUGUACUGUAGCCAAGAAGACCACCGUUAUGCACAUGAAAGGAGCUUUCAGCAGCCAUCCUGCAGCAUCUGCUCCCGAACAGACGCCCUCUGCAAACCACAGCAGCAACUUCCCUCUCUGUCAUGUUUGUUUUUUGUUUAAGCGAUAUUUGAAAGCUAAACCAAAUCAUUUUUAUGGUAUGUGGAGAAUGCAGAGGAUAUAUAAUUAUAAAAGCUUAAUAUUUGUUACCUUCUUUAAAAAAAUCAUAUUCAUUGUUGGUCACUCUUCUCACCUUUUUGUUUUGUUUCGUUUUUGGUCUUUUUUGUCAUUUGAGAACAUCUUCUCUAAAUCUCAUGCCCAUGGGACAAAAAGAGUGUCACAAAUACUCAUUUUGGUUUACAACCUCUAAAACUUAUUUGCAUCCCCAAACUUUAUUGUCUGUAUUAAGCCUUGCAAACUAGCCUAGCAUUCUAACAGAUAUUUUUCCUAUUUUAGAAAAAAAUCUUUUUUAUCUUGUAGUUGUAAUUUGAUGAUUAAGAUGAAAGUGAGUAUUCCUAUUUUUUCUUACCCAGAGUACUUCCCUAUUCAGAUAAGCCAAAAUAUUAUUUCUGUUAAUAGGAAAUUUUAAGAAUAUGGGUGCACAUGUGCAUUUGGAUGCAUUUGCAUGUGGUUAUCAGCUGCAAAUGUCUCCCAAUACCAAUUUUACAGAAAAUUAUUUCUUCCCCAUGCAGUGUGUUCAUGAAGCUGAGUAAUUAGCACAGGCCAUCUGGUUUAAAAGUGGCCCAGUGACUCCAUGUGCAUCCUAAUACCAUGUUAGCACCAGAUUCUGAGAGUUAUGAACAGCACAGUUAUAUAGAAUUAGAGCCCCUGGCAGCUGGAGGAAGCUGCCCCAGCAGUCAGUUGGGUCCACCCCCCUACACACAGAAUUGAGGUUCAGCUAGAAUGCACCAAGUGAAUGUAUUUGUCUGGAGUGGAUGUCUUUGUAGAUUGAUUAGUGCCAUCCUAAGUGGUUAAAUGCUGAUAGUAUUACCCCUCCCCAUAUCUCCUCCAUGUGAUCUAUUCCAUGGCCCAAAAGUGAGAAUUGCAAUAUUUGUAAUUGAUGUUGUUUGCCUUUUCUAGGUAAAGCUUGAAAUGGGCCCAUUGGCUUUACUCAGUGCCUAUGACAUUGCUCUGCUUAUAGCAUAGUGUGUACUUGACAUUUCCAUUGGGCCACUGCAAAAAAAAAAAAAGGCUUGGUUGUUAAAGUCUCAGCUGCUUUAACAUGUUCUGUCACCAAUACAGGCUAGUAUGUACAGCUAUUGCCUUGUCCUUCUUUAAAAAAAAAAAAAUUCCAUUUAGGUUUUGGAUCUCUAUAUAAACCCAGAUUUAUUUUUUUGUGCAGAUCAUGAUAAAAACAAGCUGCCUACCCCAUUCUAUUAAAGGUUUGCUGUGUGUGAUAGAAACUUCUGAUUGAAUAGGACUAGGGAAAACCAUUUGAUUCAUGAGGAAUUGAGAGUUGUGUUGUAUUUCACAGACAGUGAAGUUACUAUCUUUAGUGAAGCCCUCUCUUUGUGUGUGUGUGUGUGUGUGUGUGUGUGUGUGUUUAAUGUCUCUUCUAUUUCAGGAGUCUUUUGUUUUUCUUGUUAUUAUCUUUGACUUGGGCCAUUCAAGAGCUACCUAUAUUAAUGAAACUGCUGAGUGUGUGCGUUGGCAGCCCUUUUUCAGCAUUAAGUUGCACAGAAGCAUUAAUAUGUUUUGAAUAAGUUCAUUUAAUCUUAAAAUUUGUUUUAAGGUUUAAACAACUAACUUUUCAUAUAGUUUUCACUGGAUACUGUUUUUGUGGUGACUUAAAGAGCUGAUGUUUGCCAAUGUCAGGUGUGCUGAUUCCUGUACAUAAGAGGUGCUCCCUUGGCUGCUUAUAGGCUACCUUGUAAGGUGCUUGGGUUAGGUUAGGGAGAGGAGUGAGAUAGAUAGUAAGAUGGUGGAACUUUUCUAGUUCCAAGUUUAUAAAUCAUUCCAUUACUUUUCUAAAAUCUUUUUCAUUUUUAAAAGCUCACUUCAAGAUAACGGCCAUCUCUCAUUCUAGGCUGCAUUUAAGAAAGUUUGUGUAUAUUAUACAUUUAAUGCAAUAGAUCAUAUUUUAAAUGGUCUUACACUUUUCAACAGUUUCUACAUUUAAAUAGACUGAAAUUCUAAAAAGUUAGGAGACUUAAAACUUUAGAAAUGUUUUGGUUGAAUCUCAUCUUUACUUACUCAGUUAAUUUUGCUAAUAGAAGAAAAAAAAACAAAAAUAAAACUUGAGGGCCAACACUGGAAGGUCCUCUUGCACCUAAAACGGAGGCUGGAAAGCUGUCUCUUAAACACCUCCAAGCCCAGACUUGAUAUGAACUCCAGUUUCCUCUUGUUUUCCCUCCUUUGAAAAGACCUCCUUCUUAUAAACCAUUUUUAAGUAUGGCAUGCUACCAGAUGUAAAGGCAGUUUGUCCCACAUUCUGGAUCCCAAAUCACAAAAGAAAUUCUGCUCCAAGGCCUAUACUCAGUGAAAUGACUGCCUCAGUGGUGGAGCUGAAGUUGAUGACCAGAGAUCUGAUAUUCCCUGAGUUUCUGGAGGAGCUAGAAGAUACCUGGGAAACCAUCAGUGGAGUUGUGCCAUAGCUUCUCCAAAGCUGGGCCCUGUUUGGGAAACCCAUUUCCUAUCUCAUCAGGCUCUCUAGUGGUGGGGUUGCUCCUUCAGUUGAGGUUCAGAGCCUCACUCCAUCAUUUCCUCAGACUGUGGCAGUCUUGCAGUGCAACAGGAAGGUCACAAACCUUUCUUUACUCAUGUUUGCUAAUCAGCACUUGCUAGCCCCUGGGAUUCCUUAUUAAGAACUUCUACAUAGAACUAUCUAAAACAGUAAUCUUUGAGUGUGGGUUUGUGCUUCAUUAUUCCUGUAAUGGUACAGAGAGAAGGCAUGCAUUAGUCAUCCCUUUACAUGUGGUGCUUUCUCAAGGAAUCUUCUGUGCACUAUAUACUGUGCAGGUGAAUUUCUCACUGUUCAAUUAUGUCAUCAGUAAAAUUCAUCACUCCAAGACAGCUGCUUUGAGUUGAGGUUUGCUUCCCACUUUGUGAUAGAUUCUGCAAUGAGGGCAAAAGCUAUCACUCAUUUACGGACACCAUUUCUGUUGAUCAGUGGACAUAAGAGCCCAGAAGGAGAUGAUGAGAUGAUGCAAGCAGAAGAUGCUCUAGUAUAAAGCAACAGCAAGUCUGGUGUCUUUGACAACACCUGGGACGGAGCUUUAAUACCCCAAAAGGGCUGGCCAGUAGAGAGAGAGCCACCCUGCCCCUUUUGUUUUCAGGUCAGCUGGUAUAGGAUUCUUUUUGGCUUGCAGCUGAUCUAAAGGUCUGCACACUGUGAACUGGUUGUUAGUAAUAAAGUUUUGUUAGAACAUAGCUUUGCCCGUUUGCUAACUGAUUAUCUAUGGGGCAGAGCAGUUGCCACAGAGACCAUCUGGCCACAAAGCCUAACAUACUGUCUAGAUCUUUUAAGAAUUAGUUUGCUUACCCCUACUUCAGAAAGUAAUGCUUGUUCAAGAAAUCUCCCAAUUUCUCUUUUUUCUGCCUCUUAUUCUCUGUUCCCUUCUUUGCUUCCUUUCUUUCUUAUCCUAGUUUUAUUGUUUAUUAUGCACUUCUUUGUUUUUUACUGCAAAGGAAACAUACUGAUAGAGCACAUGUACUACCAUCUCUUUAAACUCAAGCUGCCUUACCAUUUCAUCUUCCUUUAACUCACCCUUCAUAGUACCACACUGAAGCCACCUCAGCCUAUAGGGCCAGGUUUGAACCCAUGGCGAGAUUGGAUUUCAGAGUUCUAAAAAUAGGUGGCCCCGACCUCCCAUUUCACUCACAUAGUUUUAAUCAUAGAACUGAUUCUGGCUUCACUUCUUAUUUAUUAAAAUAAGCCAAGACUUUAUUUCUGUUAAAUUAGUUGAAAGUUCUUUAGUUGGACCUUUAGUCCUCCAAACAUCAUGUUUAGAUGUUUCACAGAAUAAAAACAAAGUCUGACAAACCCAUAGCAUUGUUUAUUCUUAUGUUUUUGGUCAGCUUUUAGGAAAAUAAAAAUAUAUUGGAGUUGAUAUCUUUUCAGUCACAUUCUUGCAAAAAUAAUUUUAUUAAAAGUAAGCCAAAAAUAAAAAAAGUUGAAGCAUUUGAAGUACUUUGGAAAAGAGUAAUUAAAAAUGUUAACAUCGCCUGAAUAUGACUGAGAAGCUGUGGAUUAUAUCUUUAGUUCAAAUCCAGUCAACUUCCUCCAAGGUGUUUUCACCCCCUAAAAAACUCAUGGGUACAUUUCUAUGUUAUUUUCCAAAGUGUGGUUAAUUGUCACGUCAUUUAAAAAAUUUUGUCAGUGACUUCCAAGCAGUGCUUAUCUUAAUUGUUUUGAAACAUUUUCUGGGGAGGGUGUGAUGCUGGGGAUCAAACCUAGGGCCUUGUGCAUGUUAGGCAAUCACUCUGCCAACUGAGCUACAUUUUCCAGCCCAAUUAUUUGAAUUUUUAGCAGUUAAUCUUAUGACUUACUGUGGCCUAAUAAAAUGUGAAAUUCUAUCAAUGUGUGUCACACCAGCAAGGAAAUCUUCAUAUCUAAGCAGUAUGUACUCUUCCUCAUGGUUGCUCCAAAUUCUUUUCUGCACUGGGUAGAUUGGGAACCUUGAGGGCCUGACCUGUUUCCUUUAGAUGUCAUAUUCACAGAAUCUCAAAGAACUCUAACACUGCUCUCAGCUCAGUGCUCUGCACUGCUAUGCUUCCCUGUGGCCCUGGGGAACCACUCUGGGUGCUUUGUAGAGGGUGUUCUUGCUCAUACUUUUGCCCUUGGAACUGAGUCAUAACUAGUCAUUUCCUUUCAUAACCAUCUCUCUGUUUGGUCUUCGUUUCCCCAGAACCUUGGUGGCUUAUCCUCAGCACUGAGGACACAUCCUUUGCUCCCUCCCUCAGAGGGGCAGUGAUACAGUCAUGUCAGUCUGAUGAGCACAGACAGUGAAGCUUUCUCACCCAGCAGGACCAUCCCAGUUAACACAGGUGCUCAGUGUGCAAGCAUAAAAGCAUGGAUUGCCCAUUUGAAAAAAGCAACUGGGUGUCUGCGGGAUUAUAAUCAGAUUAGAUGAAUGGAUUUCACCUUCUUUCAAAAGGAUUUUAACAAACUGUGUGUGGCCCACACUAAAAAAUUUACUACCUAACCUUCUACAGCACAGGUUUACUGAUCCCUACAAUAGUCACUCAAGAUUAAAUUCUGUGGAUAAUUAGGCACACUUUUUUGUUGUUCAUGUAGUACAGCAUUGCAACAAUUCUUUUAGAUUUUAGGAUAUCUUCAUCUUUUCAACCCAGUACACAGCUGCUAUUGCACAUUAUUCCUGAAUGAUGUCUGUGCAUAAGAAAAAAGAUAUCCCUCUUUGCUGAUUGAAAUUUAUUGAUAAAUUAUGGGUGUAUAGUCUACUAGGGUAUAUAAUUAAAACUGAAAGUACAAAGUUUUCUAAAGUUUCAUUGUGAUUUCGUUUUUACGAUUCAUUUUAGAAUCACAGUGAACUUGAUUCUGGUAGAGACAGUCCACUAUGGCAGUGCUCCGCACAAACUCUCUACUUAUAGCUUAGAAUAGUGCCUCUCCCUGAAAGUACAGGGUCUGUUGGUUGUACUUCUAGAGCCUUCCAGGUCUCUUGUAUCUAGGAUAUUUGCAAGUUUAUCACUCUCCAAGCCUUGGUCAUUACUUGUGAACUUAAAUGAUUGGUCUUUGCUUUAACCUUGAAUCCAGACCACACAUUCUUCUUUAAAUACCAGCAUGUCUUUGGCACCUUGUUGACACACCAGCAGCUUUAGACUGAAAAGGUUCAGGGCUCUCUGAUCUGGCCAUUGAAGCCCAACUCUGGUCAUGCCAGAAUUACCACCUCAUGGGAGAGCCGUCCUUGGAAUAUUCCCCCAUCUUCUUUUGCCUAUGCCACUAACCCUUCCAGGUGGCAUCUUCUCUGGGAUAUUCUUCCCCCUCCCAAGUGCUUCAUUGAACACACAUGAGAAGCAUUUUUCUCUUCAUAACUCUUUAUUUUAGUAUUUGAUGUUGGAUCCAAAUACCAUUCAAUUAUGAACUUUUUCUACCCCAGUUGUUUUCUGUGCUCUACACUGCAUGUUGUCUUGCAGCUAAUGCUGCAGUAUUUGGGAGCUAGUUUGUGGGAAAGAUACUAUACAAACAAGAUUCCCUAAUUUUGUAUAUUUGUACCACAGGUAGGGAUUAUUUUGAGAGCCACUGUAGCUUAAGUUUAUUGUUUUCACUAGUGGUUUCUGCAUUCUGACUAGCUCUAGAAGACUAUUAAUAACUGGCUUCAAAUAUAUAUAUAUAUAUAUAUAAUGCGUAUUUAUACACACCACUGUGGAAUUCGUUUCACUGUGUAAAUAGUGAUAUUUUCCUGUUCAGAUGCUUCUAUACAAAGUAUUUAUUUUAACAAAAAAUGAACUGUCAAAAGGGCUUUCCAAAAAUUGUUCUUGCCAUCCAUCCUCCUCAACCACUGCUCAGCCAUUGCACCCUUAACACAGUGAAGACAGAAGGGUGUAGCCUUGAAGCCCUCACUGUAUUUGGGCAGAUACAACAUGAAUUUGGAAUCUGAGCACUUCUCCCCACUAUCAUCCCAUCCCAGAACAAUGGGUUUCCUGCAGUGGAUAUGGCCAUGUCAGUGUGUGCUUCUAGUCUCAUUCUCCAGGGUUUAUGACAGUUAUCUCUUCACACCCUCACCAUGGGAGAUAAGCAUCCCACCUUCUGCACCUUGACAGUACUUGUGGGUACCUUGGCUCUCAUCAUCUUCCUCCUCCUUCUUUUCCCUGUCUCAGCAACAGCAAGCAUUUGUGCAGAUGUGGGCCAGUCCCACCUGUAACUGAUGGUGACAGAAUGAGACCAUCUGUUCUAAGAUGUGUUCAGCUUUACUUCUCAGGAGUUCCGAUCUGCUAUUCAGAGCACCCUACAUGUAAUGGGAAGCAGUGCUUUUUGAUAAUGUCCUAUUCCCCAUGUUCUUUUCCUUGGCACCCCUGCCUGUGUCAUGAUUCUCUUUCUGCCUAGUUGGCUGAACUGAGAACUACAGGUCCAAGAUGCUGGGAGCUUUGGAACUAGUUCCACAGGGAUCGUCAUCUCUUUGAACCAUAGUUUAUAUUUCCUUAUGGCCUCCUUUUAUCUUUUCUAAACAAAUGAGGAGGAUGCUUGAUUAGUGAUGCUGGAGAAUGUUUUUCUAAGAUACUAUUUGUAAGAAAAUCUGAUUUUAAGAUAAAAUGUGAAUGGUAACUAGGUGCCAGGGAAAUUUAGCACUGAACUAGACAGUAAAAACUUUUUUAACCUUUGCAGAAAGAAAUAGAUUUUGCUCUCAUCUAAAUGUUCACAGGAAGUAAUGUACAUAGUUUUCUAAAAAUAUUUAUUAUAUGUGCUGUAUAUGGAUUCAUGUUCUGAGUGAUGUUGGUUUGCAUUGUAGUAUUGUAGAAGAAUAUAUUAAGUAGUGAACUUCCUUUCAUAACAUAGUUCACACAUGGAGGAAGAACAAAAAAGCCAGCAUGUUGAGAGCUGUUUGGGGCCUUUGAUCUGUAAUGUAACAUCAUAGCCAAGCUUUAGCUUUAACUGCCCCUCUUCUCAUCUGAUAUAUAUAUGUAUGUGUGUGUGUGUGUAUAUAUAUAUAUACACAUAUAUAUAUAUAUUUGGUGGUCAGUACCCAGAUCUGCAGAGCAGAUUUCCAGGUGUUCUUUCUGAUGUGUUGCCCUUAAGCAAUAAGACUGUAGGUGAUGACUUACUUUGGGGUCCGGGUUGCCCUUGUCUCAGAGGAUCUGGUGAGGGUAAAACAGCUCUUGUGAUACCCUCUUGCCUUUGCUGGAGAGGUUGCUGUACUUGAAUUUUUGCUUCUGUUUGUCUGCACGCUCCCUCAUGUCACAAAACUCAAGUGAUAAAUGAGAAAUAUGCCCACACCAGACAUGUCAAAAGUGGUCAUGUAAAUCAAAAAGCAACUUUCUAUGAAUUUAGAGUCUAGAAUCUAGUUAAGGCAAAUUAAUUUGGCUAUAAAAUAAAUGCAGGAACUUUUCACAGGUGAAAUGAAGUGGAUCAUUUAAAGACUUUUGGCUAUGUCUGACCCAUCUUUAGAAGCUAGCCCAUUUCCUACCGGCCUCACAUCCCUGAGCUUGACACAUAUGCAGCCCUGUGUCUGGCUUCAGCCCUUUAGGUCAAUGUGAAGAGGCAGUCUCUCCUUCAUUUCCUCCAGUGUGUCCAGCUCAACAGGUUCCUACAGCUAUUUAGGAGCCUCUCCCUGUGACUGUCCUAAACUUUGUGAAAAAGAAAUACCCCACACCCAAAUAACCAUUAAUAAAAGUAAUUAGUUUUUUAGGCUUUUGGAAUUUCUUCUCUUUUGUAUUUAUGAUGGUGUUUGGAAUUUUUCACUAGUUUUUUUUUUCUUUUUUUUUUUAGAUUGAAGUAGGUGCAUUAGGAUAAAACUUUCCAUUGCUGAGCCAGAUAGCAAGCAAAGAGGAAAGAAAUUGACCUAUAUUGUAUGCUUGGGGAGGUGACUACUUGUGUUGGGGUGGGGGGAGGGGUGUGGUAGAUUAUGUGGAGGUAAAAUAGAAUUCUGGCCUGAGGCUCUCCAAGUCUUUAAUACUUUGUAAUAAAAAUCCCCUUCUUAGCCUCAGUCUCAAUAGAACCCUGCUAUUUACCCUCAGGGAACAAGUAGUUUUCAAAAUUGAGCUCCUCCAAGGUCUUUGGCCAUUGCCUGUGUGUAUUGGCAAUUUUGUGAACUCAUGGCAUUAUUUUCCCAUGUGCAUUAUAUUAUGAAAUUCAACCCCAACCUGUAUUAAAAGCACAGCCCAGGGUCCUAAUUGAGGGUAGUCAAUGCCUUUAAGGAGCCAGGGGGUCAUUGGAGGCCCAUGCAAUUUAACUGAAGCUCAGGUGCCAUGUUGGGUUUUUAUUAUUUUUAGGCCACGACCCUUACAGAAUGAAUUUAGGGGAGGGGCUGCUGAUCUGACUAUGGAUUCAGGGAGCUCUAAAAUGAAUCUCUACCGUUCCUUUAAAGAUCUUUCUGGUUCCUCCCAGUGUUGUCAUUGCCGAGGUCAAUCUGUAGAUGUUAAUAUGUGCUCCUUUUUGCUGUCUUGUAAGUCUUAGCCAGUGUUCCAGAUGCCCAAGGACAGGGCCUCCAGAGGGUGUAGCCCUUUCUUGGUACCAGGUGUGUGCUUGUAGUCUGAAGGGUGUAUUUCUAGAAAAAAGCAGUGAAAUUAGAAAUUCUGCAAAUGGUAACCUGGAGGAUCAGCGUGCAUCUCUUGGGCCUGGAUUUCCACUAUGUUAGUGAGUCUAGGAAAAUAUUGUGUCUUUAAUGGAUGAAAAUUCAAUGUAUGCUGUGAAUUUGUUGGUUUGAAACAAUGAAAAUUUUUCAUUAGACAAUGUUUACAUACCUCACCUGAAAAACCUUUGAGAGUGUAUAUAUGAAAUUUUAAAAUAUAUUAAGUUGCUUUAAAACAAUAUGUAUAGUUAUAAAAGUUGGAGUUAUUUUAACUUUGAAUAUGUACCAAGUCUCUUAAAUCUUGAAUUCUCGUAGACUUUUUGUGCGUCUGUGUUUUACUUUCCUGUUAGACAAUGUAGGAAACUGUUCUUGUUAUUGGUAAAGGGGCCCCCACUAAAAUCCAAGCUUGGAAGGAUUUCCUGUUUCAAAUUUUCUUGUUUGGUUUUGAGGGAUGGGGUAUGGAGCUAGAGGAUGUGUAGGAGGGAUUUCUCCAACACUGAUAUCUAUUCCAUGAGCUUUUUCAAGGCGCUUAUUUUAUUGCAGCAUAUUAAAUUUCUUUGAUAUUA